AUAAUUAAAAAAAAUAAAAAAUAAAAUAAUAAUAAAAAAAUAAAUAAAAAACGCACAAGUGAACUCGGAAUUAGUGCAAUAUUACACAAUAACAAAGCAAAUAACGAAAGUGACAAAGUGAAGUAAUAAUAAAAAUACUAAUUUGUAACAUAAACACUUUCACCCUGAAUUUAAGUUUAGCUAAGUGCAAUAAUAAAUAUGCAUUUGUUAAUAGUGCGCGCUCUUGAAAAUACCUCUUAAAUCGAAAAUUCUAAAAAUUGGUUUUUGAAACUCAUACUUUAGUUUGUAAACACUAAGCAUUUUUAUUAAACAAGUGGUGUGAUCUUCUCACAAUCUUUCGAUCGACCAGAUCUUUUUCGCACUCUGAGCAAUUCUAUUAAGUGCUCUGAGAUUCCAGAUGUGGGUGGUAGCGUGAAAACUUUCGCUCUCUUCACUCAAAUAUUACAAAUAUACUAGUUUUUAUAGUUCUCCCUCACUCACCUGCUUAUUCUCUCGCGCGCUCGCCUACUACCCAGCGUCCACUGUUGACCGCAUCUCAGCUACUUGUUAGCCGUUUGACUUUAGUACGUUUCUUUUAUUGCCGGACGUGUAAUCAUUGCGCUCGAAUAAACAAUUAUUUUUUUUACAUUUUUCGCGAGUAAUCAAAUUUAUACUAGAUAAUACGAAAGUGAGUGCGUUGUUAUUUUUGGCGUAUAAUUAAAUAUAACGAUUAAAACAUGAUGUCGGAAUCCAACUCCACGCCAACUACACCCGCGAUCGAAGACAGCAACAACACACCUGCCGCGGUGGAUAAAAAUGCCAAGAAGCCUUUAUCUGAGAAGGAGCUGAAGGAGCAGCAGAUUUAUAAUAAUUUUGCCACACCACUCAUUGGCACUUACCUCAAUUUGCCACAGGAUUC